AUGUCUACAAUCUACAAUGCAGUGGAUGCCUCUACGCUAAAUGACCGGUGCCGCACGGACCUACUGGAUACCGUGGCGCAGUUGGGCCGCCAUUGCGAAACAUUACCCAAGAAGGCCGUCACUACUGCGGAUGCGCCACUCCCGUCAUGUACAUUUAACACAACUGUCUCCCGCUCGCAAAAAGAAAUUAACUGCUCUAACGAGGCAGCACUCGAUAAGUACAUAGAGGAGAAGGGUGCGACCCGCUGGAGGACGACACAGGCGUUGGCAUCGACUUAUUUCAAGGACCACAAGCCAAAGUUCCACGGCGCGUUGCGUACACAAGAUUGCUUCCGUGACACCCGCGACAUAACACAACUCUCCUCGAAGGAAAAGGAUUUUGUACAUCGCUACGCUGAGGCGAAGAUGAAAAAAUCUAUUCCUCGUGAAGAGAGCGAUGAUGUGGCCAAAAAGGUCGCAACAGAGGCUUACACGGAGGCCUUCCGCAAGUUUAAGGGGAGGGACCCCACGGAGAAGGAAUUGCUGGAGGUUGAGCGGCUCUACUUUGCCUAUGCAGAUGACGGAGCGGUCGGUGUUGUUCAGAAGCCGCAUUUCCAUGGGCCACAUAUGCAUGUUUCUAUUUGUAACAGGAAAUAUGUUACUUGCCCGAAUCAGGUAUACCGAGCGUCUCUGCCGGCCGUACGGAAUGCACGCUCUCGUUUCCCUGGGCCCAUCCCCGUCUGGACGUCCACGAAGAACUUACACGCAGUGGCGUCUAACGAUACCUACAGGCCGGGAGUCCACAACGUUAGCAAGUUUGGGGAAACAUCGAGCAAGUAG